UAUACUUGAAAGGGUGAGCCAACCACUAACCAGCCUGACUGAACUUUUAAUCCAUUUUUACUCUCAAAGAGAAGGACAAAUGAAAAACCAUUAUUGUUCUUGAGAAAUUUAAUUCCCAACCAACUUUAUCAACCUCUAUUUAUAUCAAAUCCUUCUUGCCAGCUCAACCAACCAAAACCACCAACCGUUUGGUUUAAACAAUAGAAUUUAGCACUAAAAAAAAAAAGAAAAGCAAUGAUGGCAGAGAAGGCAAUUAAGUGGUUCUUCUUAAUACAUAUUUUACUCCAAAUUCUUAAGAUACAUGCAAAAGUUCCAGCUAUUAUUGUGUUUGGAGACUCUUCUGUUGAUUCAGGUAACAAUAACGCGAUUUCGACCAUCUUAAAGAGCAAUUUCGAGCCAUAUGGCAGGGACUUCUUUGGUGGCAAGGCUACAGGAAGGUUUUCUAAUGGCAGGAUUCCAACAGACUUCAUCUCUGAGGCUUUUGGGAUCAAACUAAUUAUACCUGCUUACUUGGAUCCAAGUUAUAGCAUUGAGGAUUUUGCUACUGGGGUCUGCUUUGCUUCAGCUGGUACUGGUUAUGACAAUGCCACUUCAAAUGUCCUAUCUGUGAUACCCUUUUGGAAGGAGUUGGAGUACUAUAAGCAAUACCAGAAAGACCUGAGAAGCUAUCUAGGCAAGGAGAAAGCUAAUGAGGUUAUAAGAGAUGCACUUUACUUGCUAAGCAUAGGGACUAAUGAUUUUUUAGAGAAUUACUUCUUAAUCCCAAAUGGAAGAUCCUCUCAAUUUUCCAUUGAAGAGUACCAAGAGUUUCUAGUUGGGAUUGCUAGAGAUUUUGUCACAAAGCUUUAUAUCCUUGGAGCUAGGAAGAUAUCUAUUGGUGGGCUCCCUCCAAUGGGUUGUUUACCAUUGGAGAGAGCUACAAAUAUCUUGUCUGGUGGUGAAUGUAUAGAAAAGUAUAAUGAUGUAGCUAUACAAUUUAAUCAGAAGUUAAUUGGUAUGGUUGAAGAGCUCAAUAUGAAGCUUGUUGGAAGUUCUCUGGUGUAUUCAGAUCCAUAUGGUCUUCUCUAUGACAUGAUUCAGAAUCCAUCUACUUAUGGAUUUGAAGAUGUAGCAGUAGCAUGUUGUGGCACAGGAUUAUUUGAAAUGGGAUAUUUGUGUGAUAUGAUGAACCACUUUACAUGUUUAGAUGCAAAUAAAUAUGUAUUUUGGGAUUCUUUCCACCCAACAGAGAAAACCAAUGGUAUUAUAGCUGACCAUGCUGUGAAAGGCUCUCUGGCGCAGUUUCUGUUUUAGUUACUAACGAGAAGCAUGAUAGUCUAGUCAAUGUAAUUUUAUUAUAGAAGAAUGUAGAAGUACUGUUUUUUUUUCUGGUAACUAUUCCUUUUUCUUACCCAUAAAUAUUAAAAUCAACAAUUUAUUCAGUGCACUUUCUGAAAAGAA